ACGCCUGCUGAUUAUAUUCCUAACUUCAAGAAACACAGAAACCCGCUUGGUUCAUUUCCUGGGACGCCAUGUCAAAAGAAACAAAUAAGAAGAGAGCGCCUUCGGCGCGUGACAGGCGACCAAGUUAUGCCAGACCUACCAGGGCUUCACUCACACGAAUGACAGGUGCCGAUGUGUGUCCUCGUAAAACAUGCGGCUGCUCAGAGACCCGGAGUCUUACAUCCAAGCCAAUGCCUCCUAAAGCUCGACCGGUUACAAGCGCUACUAUGCUAGGGAGAUACCCACACGAUCGAGCCGGCCGUACCGCGAGAGGACGCGGCUAUAGACCGGGCCAGAUAGGGAUGCAGGCCGGUAAGGUACCGUCGCAACUCCUGCAAAAGAGAAUCAGGCAACUCGCUCGUGACAUCAAGGAUAAGCACAUCAAUCAAAUUAAUGAAGGGACUGAGGCAUCAGCAGAUUCUUCGCCUGAAGAGAAAUCUGAGCAACAAGUGACAGUGGCUAUUACCAAUCCAGAACGUCAGACGUCCCAAAGCCAUCAGUUGGAACCACCUACUUCAUAUGUCAACUUAGCUGGAAAGUUCAGAGCAAGAAAAGAGCAGAGGAUCAGAACCACUUCUGAAAAUUCUCAAACCGUUUGGGAAAAUGAUGAAUCGGAAGACCGAUCCAACAAAGAUAAAGUGUCUAAGACUGAAACUGAGUCACGACCGAUCGACGAAGGAGACAGCGCGGGACUUUCAGACAAUGAGACUGCUAUCACAAACAAGCCAUCACCCCCUACCUCCCCACCUCCAACUCCACAACACAAAACUCGUAGAGUAGCUGUCUUGGAACCUCUAACGAUUGAAUCCACUGCAAGUGAAUCCGACAGACCGAUUGAGGAGAGUGGGUCUAAGAGACCUGAUCCUGUCGUCCCUUUGAUUAUUCCACCGAAACAAGAACCCCAACCAUCACUGCCAAGACAAAGACCCGACUCCUCUGAACGAAAUAAAGAAAGGACCGAGCCAGAUUCGUCAUCAGGUUCAACCACAGACAAAGAAGGAAUAGUGCCCUUAAUUGUAGAAUAUCCAUCAGACCUACCCGCACGAUACCGCUCGCAAAUCCCUUUAAUUAACGAAUCUCCACCGCCUUCAAACACAGGCUCGGACCCUCUAGGAGAUCAUCGAACUCGCAAAUUAUCUGAAAGCCACUCCGAAAAUUAUGACCUGCCACGAACUCGUUGGAAAUCCAGGAGGCCAUCGUUAUCGCCUACAGGCGCGCCUUUACUUGGAUGGUCGCCUGCUGCAGAUGCAGGGCGCGGUCGAAGUAACAGUGUCAUUAAUAUCUCCAGCGCCUACAUGGCUCGUAGGAACUCGGUGUUUGGUGUUGGCCUGAAUGUAGGACAAAGGAAAGAUUCACUGGGAACCAUGAGCCUGUCCAGUGCAUCCCUGCAGCCUCGAAGAGCAAGCGUUGCUGACAUCUUCAAACGAAGUAGAUUGUCCAGAAGUAGGAGGCUCUCCACAUAUUUACAGAACACUGACGCCGGUAAAGAACGGGCACUUGAAAGAUUGAAGAGGAUCUCAAAAACAGUCAAGAUUAUCGCAGGAAUAUGUCUUGCAUUAAAAAGUUACGUCAAGACAGCUGAGACAAAGCAGUGGUCUCUGAUUGAGAUGCAUCUCAACCUCCGAGCUGAUAUGGAGAAAACCCUCGCCUUUGACCCUAUCAUGUUCUCCAAACUACGAGUGACACGUGGAUCAGAGAAACUUCGAAGCAUAUUGUCAUCAAAGUCAAGCGAGAGAACCACAGAGGACAUCGAUGUAGUGCUAGCUCUUCUACGCAAGAAUAAAACCUUCGCUGAUUAUGACCAGGAAACACAGAUUGCAUUGGCUAAAGUCAUGGAGUACCUCAGGUAUGAGCCUCGUCGCAUUAUCUUAAAGGAAGGACACCAAGCUUCAGGAUUCUAUAUCAUCUUAUCAGGAACUUGUCUCGUCAAUCAGAAAGAGAUUGAUCCGAGGAAUAAUGAACCAUUUGUGAGGACAAUAGAUGAAUUACACACUGGGGAUUCAUUCGGGGAUAAUGAAUUAUUGAAUGAUUGUGUACGAGAGGUCAGCGUGAUUUGCAAGGAAGAAUGCGAAGUGCUACUGGUCAACAAAGAAGAUUUCAGCGUGAUUAUAAGAGAACCACUCGAGAAGGAAAGAGACAGACUUCUUAACUACUGCAGUAGGCAGAGUGUUUUCGAGAAGCCACCGACUCACUUUGACUUCCGAGGAAACAACUACGCCAUCUCGGCUAAAAAGUACAAACCUGGAGUCGUUAUAACCAGCGACAUCAGCAAAAGUGAUUUCAUUUAUGUGGUUCAGUCGGGAAAAUGCAGAGUGAUAUCAGAGGUGAAAGAAAUUAAGGGGAGACCUCUAAAAGCCAAGAAUGUAUCAGUGAAACCACUCAGCGAUGAGGAAUGGAAGAAAGAUGCAACACUCAAACGAACUUUGACUGUUUUUGAGACCAUGGGCAACAGACGACGGUGUUUAUCCGAGCCAAAACUUUCUCAACUCGAGCGACAAAACACGUUCUUCUCCUUGAGUGGAAUUAAAAAAUCAAUGGACUUUGUGGAUAGGGAUGACGAAACAGAAGUCCCGCUGGCAUUGCCGAAAAGUUUGUUUGCCGAGAAAGACCAUCUCCAGACCAAACCAAAUGUAGAAGAACCAGCCGAUAAAUCAGGACUUCUAACAACCUGGCGACGGGUGAGCAUCGCUGCUAGAGCGGCCAAUGAAAAACAUAAACGAAGAAAUCCUCUUCUUUACUUGAAUCCAAACCGUCUGAAAUCAACUUAUGCUGAGGUAGCAGUGCUAAAGGAAGGGGAUGUCUUUGGCGUUGAGACGUUAGUAACCAGUUACCAAUCAGAUACGCGCCUGAGUCUAGUGAGUGAGGGCGCUGACUGCAUUGUUGUCUCCAAGAAGUUCUUCGCUACUCAUGCCACUGUCAGAACCAUCCAACAAUCCACCAAAAAGGCGAUCGAAUAUCCUUCAGCUGAAUACACCCUGGACAAAAUCCGUCAAGCGAGGGCGUGGUCGUCGUAUAAAGAGUCGUUGGUUAAAGAUGUUUGUAACCGCAAGACGUCUAAAGCGGGCGAAUUAAGCAGAUGACGACAGAUUCUGAAUAAAGUUUUAUUCAGAUUUACCUGUUGAAUGUCCCGUCAUUUCAGUUUAACAACCAAUUGGGCACUUUGUUCAGAGACGUUAAUUAAGUUUCAACAGUAUUUGAAUGCCACUUCGUCAGAAUUUUCGGCCUGUUUUUGUUUUGCAUUUUCUGUUAUCCGUUUUGUUGCCUGGCCCAGAAAGAAUGCAUUAGGCCUACAGGGAAAAGCCGAGCAUUUAUUUUUCGUGCAAUUUUGGCUGAAGCUAUUCUGAUUGUUGGUUUAUACUCUCCUCCAGAGUGUGCAAUCUAGUUUCCGUAAACGAUAUGUCGAUAGAUUUUCAUGUGUUAGAUAUCUCUUGUGCUGAUAGUGAUGGUGAUAAUUAGGGGCAGGCCGACUGACCAAUGUUCCUCUUUUUUUCAAUACGACCUAAGUUUUGCCAGCAAUAUUGCAGACACUCGCUCUUCACUCAAACAUAAAGUCAUACAAAUUUCGUGCAUUUCUAGCGAGAUCAAAAUAAUUUCAUUGAUGGUUUUGGUACUCAACGCGUUUAAAUCGAUGUGCAUGAAGUACCCCCAACAUAUUAAAUUGUUACACAUUUUGUUUGGGUCUUUAACCCUAACUUCCUAGGGUGUGUGCAUAUUAAAAUU